CUGGAAUGGAUCUCUCGCGAAGUAAAACGUCCUCGAGGGAGGCCACCGACCAGAUGGGCUGACGUGUUUGUGGUACGGAUGAACCAGCUGAAUUCUCAGCUGGUAACGAGUAAUGAAUCUGGACCUCGCAAACGUCGCCGCCGCAAUUCAAUACCAGCAUCGUGGAUGACGCUAGCGAGAGACAGAAACGGAUGGAAACAAUGCUUUGGCCUGCACGACGAGUGA